GAGAGAGAGAGAGAGAGAACAGAGAGAGACGCAGUCAUGUCCACUCUCUCUACUGCUGCCUCGUCCCUCAGCCUACCUUCCUUUGCUCCCAAGGCUGCCCGCUCCUUCGCGCUCAAGCCCACUUCGCUCUCUUCCCUCGCCCUCGGCCUCCGCCUCGGCCUCAAGUCCCUCUCCGCCUCCCCUCCGUUGCCGUGCUUCGACGUAGCUCCCACUCCCAGGGCCGCCCCGGCCUCCCGCUUCCUCCGCCGCGUCGCCGUGUCUUCCGAUAUCGACCAGGAGGAGGAAGGAGAAGGGGGUUUCCUUGGCGACGACGGGGGGCGCGCCUUCUCCCCCGACCUCAAGCUCUUCGUGGGCAAUCUCCCCUUCAACGUCGACAGCUCGCAGCUCGCCGGCUUGUUCGAGAGCGCUGGGAACGUCGAGAUGGUCGAGGUGAUUUAUGAUAAAGAAACCGGGAGGAGCAGGGGUUUUGGGUUCGUGACCAUGUCCUCGGUGGAGGAAGUUGAAGCUGCUGCUCAGCAAUUUAAUGGCUAUGAACUCGAUGGAAGGGCUUUGAGGGUCAAUUAUGGACCGCCUCCUGCUAGGAGGGACGGUCCACCACCUAGAAUGGGUAGUAGAGGCGGGUCAAAUUCCUCUAACCGUGUCUACGUCGGCAACCUCUCAUGGGGUGUUGAUGAUCUGGCACUUGAAACAUUGUUCAAUGAGCAAGGUAGGGUUUUGGAAGCCAAGGUGGUCUAUGACAGGGAGAGUGGUCGGUCAAGGGGUUUUGGCUUUGUGUCUUAUGGUUCUGCUGAUGAAGUUAACAACGCUAUUGAGUCCUUAAAUGGCGUGGACCUGAAUGGAAGGUCAAUUCGAGUCACCCAUGCAGAAGCUAAGCCGAGGCGCCAAUUUUGAGCUUAGAGGAGCGGGAUUGUUGGACCUGUCAUAUUUCAAAUGCUUCGCGCGAGAGUAGAGUAACUCUGGAUUCUAGUCUUUUCAGGAGCUGUGAGGUGCAAGUACUUUUCCUCAUGGCUGAUGAUCCAGAGUUGCGUCGCAGGAGUAUCAUAUUUACCGGGCUGGAAGCUGUAAUGAAGGCUAUCGCAGCAAAAAUUGCAAGCCCUGCUCUGACUUAGUUGGACUGCUUGAUUGGCCUUCUUGACCUCAUAGUAAAGUUUUGAGAGACAUGGGAUGCCAUACGUUGGUGCUUUGUGUUCUGGAAUUUAUAGUUCCCUUUUACAACAUGGUCAGUGUAAUCUUUUUUGCAAGAAUUAUUGAGUUGUUUACAUACUCAUCUAAGUAUUGUAUGAUUUUGAUUCCAUAUUUGCACGGAAACUUGCAUUCUGGAUAGGCCCCCCCUUCCUAAAUGUUAUGAAGUU